UGGUAUAAUCGUUUAGUUGUCACCACUAAUUUAGGCAAAACAAAGAAUAUUUACGAUUGGAUUCAUUGAAAAUUAAAUAAAAACAAAGCAGCAUGGAGCAGCUAUCGGGUGUUAUGAUAAUUAUCAUAAUUGGCGGCGGUGUGCUGACCUGUGUAAUGCUCUUCAUUUUCGCCAAGCGCCAGAUAAUGCGUUUCACUCUGCGUAGUCGUCGAGGUCCACAUGUGGCCGUGGGAACCGAUGCUAAAAAGGGACUGCGUCGCGAGAUUGAGCGCCGUUUGGAUUGCAUACAGAAAAUAGCACAGGAACCAAAGCUGCUGUGGACAGAUACGGACAAGUACAUUGUGCAGCCGGAGCAAGAAUCCAACCUGCCACCAUACUAUUAUCGCAUGAAGGCAGUGGACGAUGUCAAAUUGCUGGAGUCUGAGAUUGCGCGUGCCGACGGAAGCAGCCGUCAUGCCCACGAGAGUCUACGUGCAUUUCUGUUGACAACGCUGUCUGUCACAUUGAAUGGCACUGGGCAGCGAAUAAUACAUCAGUUCUGCGACACUUAUGAGCAUGCCAGACACGAUCCCAAUGAGUUUGGUAAGGAUGAAUAUGAGGCAUAUCAUCAUUUGCUACUGAAGUUGAUGGAAGCUGCCAAACAGUUGAAGAAUUAUAAUUCAAGAAAGGCGUCACCUGCUCGAACACCACGUAAACAGAAAAUGCACUCUCUACUGGAUCCAGCUCGUUUGCGUCCACCGCCUGCAGUGGAACCACCAAGCAACGAGUUGGCAGCCGGUCAACAUGCCAAAGUCAAUAUGACGCUGGGGCUGCAGGGCGAUGAAUUGGUGGCUGCAGAGUUGGCCACCAAUCCAUUGCAUUUGCAAGCUCCUGCCGAACGAGAUCUCAUCAUUCGUAAUCGCAUAAAGACGCCAACGCUGGAUGACAUUGAUGUGGAUGGCACCGAUCAACAGCAGGGGAGCGAUACGGCUGCCAGCAAUACUGACAAUGAAAUAAUGAGCAUUUCGUCUGUUCAGUUUCAACGUAACUCCAGUGUAGUUUAAUUGUGUAAUUUUAAGUGUACUUUAUGCUACAUAAAUUAUUUAAUUUUAA